AUGUAAGCUUUGUAUUGUGAAGACAAAGAACAUCAAGAUAAUCCACUCAAUUUGUUUUGUUUAGAAGUCGAUUGUUAAAACAAAGGAUUGAUCUGUUCAUUUUGUUUACUGAAGUCUCAUUAAGCCCAUGUGAAGAAUGUAUUCCCACUUAAAACAAUCGUUCAAAGUCUUAAUAAGGCCAAUAAUCCCAAGAAUCAAUAGGAGCUGCACAAUAAGGGCAAUGAAAUAUUUGGAAAACAUCACAACAUUAAACAAACCUUCAGAUAAAACCUAAUUGAAAUAAAAGAAAUCCUCAACAAACUAGAGAAGGAAAUAGAGAAGCAAAUUAAAUUGCUCGAUUUGGAAGCCGAUUUGUUUGUUGGAGACGCAUUUGAAAAAUCAAUCUCUAUGUUGAAUAUGGAAAAAUUAACAAAAGGGUAGAUAGAGCAGGCAAUUGAGAAAAUUGAACCCCUUUUAAAAACCUGCGAUGGACAACUGUGGAUAUUGAGAGACACUGAAGUAAAUUAGCAGGCACAAAAACUCAUAAAAACGGCUGAGGUUAUUGAAAGAGAGAGCAAAUAUUGGCUGGAGAAGUGUUUAACUGAUUUGAAAAAACUGUAUGAAACCUGUUAAAAUCCGAUAAAAAAAUAAGUGAAGAUAUUGAGCAGCCAAAAUAGAUAUCAAUUAACCUAUGAAUAAUGGAAUUUGAAAGAGACUGAUGCCAUUUGUUUGAGAUCCAAAAAGAAACAUGAUAUUUGGCUUUCUGGUGUUGGGUUGUAUGAGAUUACAUCUUGGCCAGAAAAGGAGUUGGUAUUUUAAGUGCAAAUAUUUGAAGGAUCAAAUGUUAAUAGCAAAAAAAUAAUUUAUUAAGACAAUUUUGUUAUUAAAAAUGACAUGGAGUUUGUAAACCAUAUUGGAAAAAUAUAUUUCACAAAAGCAAUCAAGAUCGAGUAUGACAAACCUUAUACGAUUGCUUUGACUCCCAAUGAAAGUUGCUUAAGCUAUUAUGGAGCAAAUGGAAAGUUUGAGACUGACGAGUUUCUAUUUUAAGAACCUACAUUUAGCCAAGAAUUCAGUGACAAUUCAACAACAAUUAAUUAAGGUGUAGUUCCCUAAUUCUUUUACGAGGAGUGAUGUAUACUCAAAAUAUUAAUAAUGUAUCUUAUA